AUGUCCAGAGGCUACGAAAUCAUCGCCAUCCUCAAGCCCAAGCCUGGCAACCAAGACAGGGUGGAAGAACUGCUCAACAUCGCAGCCCAAGAAGUAAAAGCCACCGAGCCCGGCACCACCCGGUAUCACCUACAGCGCGAAACCAAGGGCGACGCGCCGAGCUUUGUCAUCUUCGAAACAUAUGCGGACAAAGAUGCUCUGAUGUUCCAUGCCAAGAGCGCGGGAUUGAAGAAGUUACAAGCGGCGGUCAACGGGGAGGAUCUACUUAGGGAGCCGAUGUCGGUUAUGAUCGUUAAGGAUGUAGGCGGUUUCAAGAGCAAGUUGUAG